CAUGGCAAGAUCAUAUUCAUAUGUCAAUGCUACCUUAUUUUGUGUGUGGCUUUCUCAAAGUCCACCUUUGAUUUUGAGGUAUAAUUCCAAAGUCUCAUUAAUUGUCGAGUCUUAACCAAUCUUUAAGGAUUGUUCUCACGAAUUAGAUUCUUAAGCAGUUAUGGAGGGUGAUAUUAUCAUGGUCAUCAAGGUGAACAUUUCAGUUGUGAUAUCUUUAUGCUAUUGUUAUUGGAUUGGUAGAUCAAUCUCUGCAGGAACAAGAAGACUUCUCUUUUUAGCUCCUAUCAUAUGCUUCUUCCUCUUCAUCCCUUUCAACUUCUCAAGUGUGCACUUGAGAGGCAACACUGGAUUCUUCUUUGCAUGGCUUGGAACCUUCAAACUCAUUCUCUUUGCCUUCAACAAAGGUCCCUUGUCCUCUGAUCCAUCAAUUUCUUUAGGACGUUUUGUAGCUUCUGCUUCCCUUCCUAUCAAGAUCCAACAGAAUCAACCACACAUCAGAUCUAAAACCUCUCAAGAUGGCAAAACCCCACCACCUCCAGAUCCAUCAAAGCAUUCCAAAAGUUCACAUUUUGUAACCAAUCCAUCUUCAGAAACGCCAAAAACCAAUGGCCAGAGCAAAGAAAAGACAUCUCCUACCAACCCCAGCAAAGGUCACACGCCACUUUUACCAUAUGCAAUAAAGGCCAUUCUUUUGGCUUCUUUGGUGAAACUGUAUGAUUACAGUCAUCAGAUCCACCCAAAAGUCAUUUUUGGCAUGUACUGUUUCCAUAUUUACUUCAUGUUAGAGCUUCUGUUAGCUACUUUUGCUGCACUGGCUAGAACCAUGGGGAUGGAGCUGGAGCCACAAUUCAAUAAUCCACUACUCUCCACUUCACUCCAGGACUUCUGGGGCAGAAGGUGGAACCUCAUGGUCACCAGCAUUUUACGCCCGGCAGUUUACCAGCCGUCACUGAAAGCCGCAAUGAAUGUGGUUGGUCCCAGCUGGGCUCCAUUGCCAGCAGUUUUUGCAACUUUUGUGGUAUCAGGGAUAAUGCAUGAGCUGAUAUUAUACUAUAUGGGGAGGAUGCCACCCACCUUGAGGAUGAUGGAGUUCUUUGUCCUUCAUGGAUUGUGUUUGAUGGUGGAGAUUGUGUUAAAGAAGACACUUGGAUCCACGCGGCGGUUGCCGAGAUUGGUAUCCGGACUGUUGACCUUUGGAUUUGUUGCUGCCACCAGCUUUUGGUUGUUCCUGCCUGAGUUCGUCCGCUGUCGCAUUGAUGUCAUGGCGUUUGAGGAUUAUGCUGCCUUGGGAGCAUUUGUCAAGAAUCUCAGUGCUGCAUUCUGAGUUCUCUUUGAUGAUUUGAGCAUUGUUGGAACCUCAGAACAAAAAGGAGUUUUUAUAGUUCUCCCCCAACUAAAUGACAAGUAUUUCAUGUUGUUGCUAACACCAUGAACGAGAAUAGUGUAUCAUUUUGAAUUGAAUUAAAAAUUUUACAUGCUCCAUAUGAUU